UUUCCUAAGUCCGUUCUUAGGGAGAAAGAGCUCUGUCAGUCUUCAGGGGACCCACGUCUUGGCAGGGUCCUCAGAUGAAUCCAGGGUCCCCGCGGCGAUGCCUAACGACCUUCAGAAACCCUGCCCCUGCCCACUGCACCCAGCAGAGCGCCUUCUCCUGGGAGGCUGACCACCGUGCUCCUGGAAACGUGAAAUUACACAAGCUUCCCACAGAAUGCAUUUUCUCGUUUUUCCGUUUGGAGCCCCUGCUCUGCUGGGAUCACAAAUAUGUGCCAAGGAACCGGCACUCUGGAUCCGGGCGUCAGCUCUCCAAGAGCAGGUGCAACCCGCACUAGGGACCCCAGACCCGGAACCUUCGAAGCCAGGAACCCUGGAGGGCUGCAGCUAUACGGGGACUGGGAUCUGGGAGGACUUCCUGUUGUCCCUAAUUCCAGUCUCCACCCGGCUGCUCCAGCCGCCGGUGCAGGCUGAGACUCCCUUCCUGGGGGAGGGGGCCCCGCUGCCCGAGGUGCCCCCUCCGCCUCCGCUCCGAGAGAAUCCUGCAACACAGCGUUCUUCCCACAGAUGGACGCAGAGACCUUGGAGAAGGCAGGGCCCUCAGGCAGGGCUCCUGGCCACAAGCUGGAGGGGGCUGGGCAGACGCAAGGGAGAAACCACUCGGCGGAUCUUCAAGGCUCUGAAAUCAGAAAUGUCUGUGGAGGGCAGAGGCAGCCGGGCUACCAAGGACCGGGAGCGAGCCCGGGAGGAGCCAAGUCGAGAAAUGCAGUCUGGGCCAGAGGAGAUGGUGCCUCUGGGAGCCGCUCAGGGGUCAGCAUGCGUUAAGACGGAGCCGGAAGAGCCGUGUCCUGAGGAGGCACCGCUGGAGAGCGUGCAGGGCUGGCCGUCGCUGAGCCCUGGCUCUCGGGAGAAAGCGCUCUUCCUGCCUGGUGCAGCCCUGCCCUCCUCCCGGAUCCCCGUACUCUCCCGCGAGGGGAGGACCAGAGACCGGCAGAUGGCCGCAGCGCUUCUCACGGCCUGGUCCCAGAUGCCGGUGACCUUUGAGGACGUGGCUCUGUACCUGUCCCGGGAGGAGUGGGGUCGGCUGGACCACACACAGCAGGACUUCUACAGGGACGUGCUGCUGAAGAGGAACGGGCUGGCCCUGGGCUUUCCCUUCGGCAGGCCUUUCUGGGCCGCCCAUGUGCCGGGGAAGGGUGAGGCCUUGAGUUCCGGCCGGCCCACGGGAGAGGCGAAGGAGAAGCGAGGCGCAUGCGCAGAAUCGCUGGAGGCAGAGAAGGAGGCGCCGUUCCCCUUGGUGGCCGCCCCUGGGGAUGCGAAGCCCUUCGGAAGCAGGCUGGGGGCUCCAGGGGACGCCCUGCAGUGCGGGCAGCGAGCAGCCAGCGGCCAGGGCGCAGAACCCGUCCGAGCGGAGCCGGGGUCCCCGGAGGAGACGCAGCCAAAGCCAGCCCCACCCGACCCUCCCGACCCUCGUGGCCUGGAGCCCCAGGAGGGCCGCGCCCCUGAGAAGCCCAGCGAGGAGGAGAAGGGCGCCCCCGAGAGCGGCGAGGAGGGCCUGGGCCCCGAUGGCGACGCGGCCCGGAAGACCUACAAGUGCGAGCAGUGCGGCAAGGGCUUCAGCUGGCUCUCGCACCUGGUGACGCACCGGCGCACGCACACCGGCGAGAAGCCCUACGCCUGCACGGACUGCGGCAAGCGCUUCGGCCGCAGCUCGCACCUCCUCCAGCACCAGAUCAUCCACACGGGCGAGAAGCCCUACACCUGCGCGUCGUGCUGGAAGAGCUUCAGCCACCACUCGACCCUGAUCCAGCACCAGCGCAUCCACACCGGCGAGAAGCCCUACGUGUGCGACCGCUGCGCCAAGCGCUUCACGCGCCGCUCGGACCUGGUCACCCACCAGGGCACCCACACGGGCGCCAAGCCGCACAAGUGCCCCGUCUGCAGCAAGUGCUUCACGCAGAGCUCGGCGCUGGUCACCCACCAGCGCACCCACACCGGGGUCAAGCCCUACCCGUGCCCCGAGUGCGGCAAGUGCUUCAGCCAGCGCUCCAACCUCAUCGCGCACAACCGCACGCACACGGGCGAGAAGCCCUACCACUGCCUCGACUGCGGCAAGAGCUUCAGCCACAGCUCGCACCUCACCGCCCACCAGCGCACGCACCGCGGCGUGCGGCCCUACUCCUGCCCGCUGUGUGGCAAGAGCUUCAGCCGGCGCUCCAACCUGCACCGGCACGAGAAGAUCCACACCACGGGGCCCAAGGCCCUGGCCAUGCUGAUGCUGGGGGCUGCAGCGGCGGGGGCGCUGGCUGCACCCCCGCCGGCUCCCACCUAGGAGGCCGGGGACACGCGGGGCGCCUGGGACAGCCCCGUGGAAGGUGAGGCCCAGGGAGGAGCAAGGGCCUUGACAUUGGGAAGGGAGCUGGGGCGGAGCAGGCAUGGGGUGGGGCAUGAAGACGUGGGCGGAGCUAGGGGAGGAGCAGCUGCCUAUUAAAG